AUGGACAGUCCCAGUCGCGUGUAUCUCUUCGGAGACCAGACUGCGGAUUUUGAGACGGGGCUCCGACGCCUGUUGCAUGCUAAGAAUGACUCAUUGCUGUCGGCCUUUUUCCAAAAGUGCUACUAUGCCUUGCGCAAGGAAGUUACCGCACUGCCUCCAUCCGAGCGACAGAAGUUCCCUCGCUUCACCAGCGUUGUUGAUCUUCUCGCUAGAUACAAAGAGUUUGGACCAAACGCGGCCUUGGAAAGCGCAUUGACGACUAUUCAUCAACUGGGCAGCUUCAUCCAUUACUAUGGCGAUUUGGGCCAUGCCUACCCAUCUGGUGAUGAGACCUUCAUCGUUGGUCUCUGCACUGGUCAACUCGCAUCGGCAGCUGUCAGCUCUUCGAGAACCGUUGGAGAGCUUAUCCCAGUUGGUGUUGAGACCGUGGUCCUUGCUUUGAGGCUCGGUAUCUGUGUCCUGAAAGUUCAGGAUCUUGUCGAGUCAAACAAGUCACUAGCAUCAAGCUGGUCUGUCCUGGUUUCUGGCAUGCGCAAGCCUGAGGCUGAAAUUCUAAUUGAACAGUUUGCGAAGACAACUGCCUUGCCCCGUGUGUCUCAGCCUUACAUUAGUGCUGUCAGCCAAAACGGCCUGACAAUUAGUGGCCCCCCGACCUUCCUUGGCCGUUUCAUUGAGACCAACCUCUCUAAGGAACACAAGCCAAUUAGAGUUCCAAUCCACGGUCCUUACCAUGCCUCUCAUUUGUACGAUGACAGGGAUGUGAACCGUAUCAUGGAAUCUUGGCCCAAAGAAGAGUUCGCUAGCUAUGUGCCUCAAAUCCCUGUUCUCUCAAGUGAGACUGGCCAUGAGCUCGUGGCUGAGAGCCUAGAGCAGCUGUUGAAGUUCGCUCUUGACGAGAUCCUGCAGCGUCAGCUUUGCUGGGACAAGGUAAUCGAGUCCUGCUUUUCGACAUUGGAGUCUGCCACGACAACUUGCACAUUGCUUCCAAUUUCCAGCACUGCUACCCAGAGCCUGUUUAGCUCGCUGAAGAAAGCCGGAAUCUCCGACCUUGAGGUUGAUAGCUCCAUCGGCGAUGUUCAAAAGAACCCUGAGGCCGAGAAUCGCACUGGUCGUGCUGAUCAGUCCAAGAUCGCUAUUAUUGGACUUUCCGGCAGAUUCCCAGAGGCACCAGAUACCGAGGCCUUCUGGGAUCUCUUGUACAAGGGCAUGGAUGUUCACCGCGAAGUUCCCCCCGAGCGAUGGGACGUUAAGGCCCAUGUUGAUAUGGAAGGAAAGACACGAAAUACCAGUCAGGUUCAGUACGGAUGCUGGUACAACGAGGCGGGAAUGUUCGACCCUCGUUUCUUUAACAUGUCUCCUCGUGAGGCUCUCCAGGCCGAUCCAGCCCAGAGACUCGCUCUUCUGACUGCGUAUGAGGCCUUUGAGAUGGCUGGAUUCAUUCCUGACAGCACUCCCUCUACACAAAAGAACCGAGUCGGUGUCUUCUAUGGAAUGACCAGUGACGACUAUCGUGAAAUCAACAGUGGUCAGGAUAUCGAUACUUACUUCAUUCCUGGUGGAAACCGUGCUUUCACCCCCGGCCGUAUCAACUACUACUUCAAGUUCAGCGGCCCUAGUGUUAGCGUCGACACAGCUUGCUCCUCAAGUCUUGCAGCGAUUCACGUCGCUUGCAACUCACUGUGGAGGAACGACUGUGACUCUGCCGUGGCUGGUGGUGUGAAUAUCCUCACCAACCCCGACAACCAUGCUGGUCUCGACCGUGGCCAUUUCCUCUCACGAACUGGAAACUGCACCACCUUUGACGACGGAGCUGAUGGCUACUGCCGAGCUGACGGAAUUGGCUCCAUUGUCUUGAAGAGACUUGAGGAUGCUCAGGCCGACAAUGAUCCCAUCUAUGGUAUUAUCAACGGAGCGUAUACCAACCACUCUGCCGAGGCUGUUUCCAUCACUCGGCCUCACGUCGGUGCCCAGUCGUUUAUUUUCGACAAGCUUCUCAACGAGUCAAACACCGACCCUAAGGACGUUAGCUAUAUCGAGAUGCACGGAACUGGCACCCAGGCCGGCGAUGCAGUUGAGAUGCAGUCGGUUCUCGACGUGUUCGCCCCGGAUUACCGUCGCGGACCAGCUCAAUCUCUUCACCUCGGCUCAGCAAAGUCCAAUGUUGGUCACGGAGAGUCUGCCUCUGGUGUCACCGCCUUGAUCAAGGUGCUCAUGAUGAUGCGGAAGAACAUGAUUCCUCCUCACUGCGGUAUCAAGACCAAGAUCAACCACAACUUCCCCACAGACUUCCCACAGCGCAAUGUUCACAUUGCUCUUGAGCCUACCGCAUGGAAUCGACCCAGUGACGGAAAGCGCAAGACCUUUGUCAACAACUUCUCGGCUGCUGGCGGUAACACUGCUCUCUUGGUUGAGGAUGGACCUCUCAAUGAGUUCAAUGUGAAGGAUUCCCGAUCUGCUCACCUUGUGGUAGUCUCUGCACGAUCUCAGUCAGCCCUGAAGAACAACAUCUCGGCUCUUGUGCAGUAUAUUGACACAAACAAAAACCAGUUCGAUGUCAAUCCGGCCAGCCUUCUUGCCAACCUCUCUUACACCACUACUGCCAGACGUCUCCACCACCCAUUCAGAGUUGCGGUCGCAGGAUCUACAUUGGAUGAUGUCCGAGGUGCAUUGGCUCCAAUUGUCAACCGGGACAGCAUCAGCCCGUCUCCUGCUACUGCACCGGGUAUCGGGUUUAUCUUUACAGGCCAGGGCGCUCAGUAUACUGGCAUGGGCAGUCAGCUCUUUGAAAGUUGCUCGGAGUUCCGCUCUCACAUCGAGCACUUUGAUCGCAUUGGCCAGAGUCAGGGCUUCCCAUCAAUUGUGUCCUUGAUUGAUGGAAGCGUUCCUAUCGAGGAACACAGCCCAGUUGUCACUCAACUCGGAACAACCUGCAUUCAAAUGGCCUUGACCAAGUACUGGACCGCUCUUGGUGUUGUUCCAGCCUUCGUUCUUGGACACAGCCUCGGUGAGUUUGCUGCACUUAAUGCUGCCGGUGUCCUUACCACAAGUGAUACCAUCUAUCUUGCUGGUCGCCGGGCUCAGCUCCUCACUGAGCAAUGCCAGGUCGGAACACACGCUAUGCUUGCUGUCAAGUCUUCCGUGGCACAGGUCAAGCAGUUCCUUGAUGGCGCGACGGAAGUGGCUUGCAUCAACGCUCCUAGUGAGACUGUUAUCAGCGGCGCCAGCGAAAAAAUCGAUGUGCUGGCACAGACUUUGAGCAAUGAAGGCUUCAAGGCAACCAAGCUGAAGGUGCCCUUCGCUUUCCACUCUGCUCAGGUUGACCCUAUCCUCGAGAACCUUGCUGAGAUUGCUAAGGGUAUCACCUUCAGCGAACCAGCCAUUCCUUACGUCUCGGCUCUUCUUGGAGAUGUCAUCAAGAGUGACAGCAAUGAGGUGCUUGGUCCCAACUAUUUGACUCGCCACUGCCGUGAGACUGUCAACUUCCUAGGUGCUUUGGAAGCCACCCGCCAUGCUAAGUUGAUGAAUGAGAAGACCCUCUGGAUUGAGAUUGGCUCUCACACUGUGUGCUCCGGAAUGGUCAAGUCGACCUUCGGCCCUCAGGCAACCACUGUGGCUUCUCUCCGUCGCCAGGAAGAUACCUGGAAGGUUCUGUCGAACAGUCUUUCUGCACUUUACCUUGCAGGUGUGGAUAUCCGCUGGAAAGAGUACCACCAGGACUUCACUGCUGGGCACAAAGUCCUUCCACUGCCUUCGUACAAGUGGGACCUCAAGAAUUACUGGAUCCCAUACACCAAUAACUUCUGUCUGCUCAAGGGAGCCCCCGCUACGCCAGUAGUGGAGGCUGCUCAGGUCUCUACCUUCUUGACAACAGCAGCCCAGAAGGUUCUUGAGACGACCAGUGACGCUUCAUCAGCUACGAUUGUCAUUGAGAACGACAUCGCCGAUCCUGAGUUGAACCGCGUCAUUGCGGGCCACAAGGUCAACGGUGCUUGCCUCACUCCAUCUUCCUUGUAUGCGGAUAUUGCCCAGACACUAGGUGAGUAUCUGGUGCAGAACUACAAGCCUGAGUGGAAAGACCGUGGACUGGACGUUUGCAACGUAACAGUCCCCAAGCCUCUCAUCGCCAAGGGUGGCAAGCAGCUCUUCCGAGUCUCUGCUACUGCCAACUGGGCUGAGGAACAUGCCAAGGUGCAAGUCUGGUCAGUCACUGCCGAGGGUAAGAAGAUCCUCGAUCAUGCCAGCUGCACCAUCAAGUUCUUUGACACCAGCGCUUCUGCCAUCGAGUGGAGUCGCAGCGCCUACCUGAUUAAGAGAAGCAUUGAACAUCUCCAGGAGAGCACCAUCUCUGGCCAGGCUCACCGCAUGAAGCGAGGAAUGGUCUACAAGCUGUUCGCUUCUCUGGUCGACUAUGACGAGAACUAUAAGUCCAUCCGCGAAGUCAUACUUGACAGUGACCAACACGAAGCCACGGCUCUUGUCAAGUUUGAGGCGCCCCCUGGCAACUUCCACCGCAACCCAUUCUGGAUCGACAGCAUUGGUCACCUCUCUGGCUUCAUUAUGAACGCCAGCGAUAACACUGACUCGAAGAAUCAAGUCUUUGUCAACCAUGGAUGGGACUCCAUGCGCUGUUUGAAGAAGUUUGACCCCAGUGUCACUUACCGAACUUAUGUGCGAAUGCAACCCUGGAAGGACUCUAUCUGGGCUGGUGAUGUCUAUCUCUUCGAGGGCGAUGACAUCGUCGCUGUGUAUGGAGGAGUCAAGUUCCAAGCACUUGCUCGCAAGAUUCUCGACAUGGCUCUUCCUCCUGGGGGUGCUCCUGCUGCUAAGCCAGCUGCCGCUAAGCGCACUCCUGCUCCCAUCGACGUCCAGAAGGCCAAGAAGGGACCUGCCAAGAAGGCCACUGCGUCUUCGCCCAAGUCUACGGGACCUAGUCUCACUGCCCGCGCUCUUUCUAUUCUUGCUGAAGAGGUCGGACUCUCGGCAGCUGAGAUGACCGAUGAUCUCGACUUCGCUGACUACGGAGUUGACUCUUUACUCUCUCUCACUGUCACUGGACGCUAUCGCGAGGACAUGGGCAUCGAUCUUGACUCUUCUGUCUUUGUGGACCAUCCGACUGUCAAGGACUUCAAGCGUCUUCUGGCUCAGAUGAGUCCCGCCGAGAGCAGCAGCGAUGAUUCAAACAGCGACGCAGACAUGUCUUCUGCCGCUUCCUCGACUGAUAUCUCUUCUCCAAACUCUAGCGGUCUCCCAACUCCUGCGAACGAGAAGUCCAUGACUCAUGGCUCAGUUGAGCAGAACGACAGCAUGAAACAGAUCACUGCAAUCCUGGCUGAGGAGAUUGGCGUUGAGCCUGCGGAACUUGACGGCGAUGCUAACCUUGGCGAGAUGGGACUGGACUCGUUGAUGUCGCUCACAGUCCUCGGUAAGAUCCGUGAGGAUCUUGACAUGGAUCUCUCAGGAGAGUUCUUCAUUGAGAACCAAACGCUCGAUGACAUCGAAGAAACUCUCGACCUGAAGCCUAAGCCUGUAGCUGCGGAGGCCAUCCUCCUUCCCGAGCAAAUCCAGGUCCAGGCCCCCAAGUCGAGCAUCAGCACUGCCUCUAGCGCUGCCUUCCAGCACCCGCCAGCGACCUCGAUCCUCCUGCAGGGUAAUCCCAAGACGGCAACCCAGAAGCUGUUCUUGUUCCCAGAUGGCUCUGGCUCUGCCACAUCCUAUGCCACUAUCCCCGGAAUUUCUCCUGACGUGUGUGUCUACGGACUGAACUGCCCAUACAUGCGCACUCCUGAGAACCUGAAUUUCCGCCUGGAUGAGCUGACAGCUCCCUACGUGGCCGAGAUCCGUCGCCGCCAACCAACAGGACCAUACAAUUUCGGCGGCUGGUCCGCCGGCGGAAUUUGCGCCUACGAUGCCGCACGCCAACUUAUCUUCGAAGAGGGCGAGCGAGUCGAGCGCCUCCUCCUCUUAGACUCUCCCUUCCCAAUUGGGCUGGAGAAGCUACCACGCCGUCUUUAUAGCUUCUUUGACACCAUCGGACUCUUCGGCGAGGGCAAGGCCCCUCCACCAAAGUGGCUGCUUCCCCACUUCCUUGCCUUCAUCGACUCUCUCGAUGCUUACAAGGCCAAGCCAUUCCCCUACGAGGAUGCCGAGCUGGCCAAGAAGCUUCCCAAGACAUUCCUAGUCUGGGCUAAAGACGGAGUCUGCUCCAAGCCUGGAGACCAGCGCCCUGCGCCUGCCGAGGACGGAAGUCCUGACCCGCGUGAGAUGCUUUGGCUGUUGAACAACCGUACCGAUCUCGGUCCUAACGGUUGGGAUACCCUCGUUGGCCCGAAGCAUGUUGGUGGUAUCACCGUCAUGGAGGAUGCCAAUCACUUCACCAUGACUCGCGGCGAGAAGGCCAAGGAACUGGCUGCUUUCAUUGCCAAGUCAUUGGCUGCCUAG